CAUCUUCUUGGCAUCUGCAACAAAACCCCCCACAUUUUUCACGCAUUCUCAUUCCCUGAGCUCCCAUUUCUUUCUCCCUCUAGAUCAGUUCAAUUGAUUCAAAAUGCAGUACAAGAACCUUGGUCGAUCGGGGUUGAAGGUGAGCCAGCUCUCCUACGGCGCGUGGGUGAGCUUCGGCAACCAGUUAGACGUCAAGGAGGCCAAGUCCCUUCUGCAGUGUUCCAGGGAUCACGGUGUCAACUUCUUCGACAACGCCGAGGUCUACGCCAAUGGUCGCGCUGAGGAGAUCAUGGGCCAGGCAAUCCGUGAGCUCGGAUGGAAGCGGUCCGACAUUGUCAUCUCCACCAAGAUCUUCUGGGGUGGUACUGGCCCUAAUGACAAGGGUUUGUCUAGGAAGCAUAUUGUGGAGGGGACCAAGGCGUCGCUCAAGCGGCUCGAUAUGGAUUACGUCGAUGUCAUCUAUUGCCACAGGCCAGACUCAUCGACUCCAAUUGAAGAGACAGUGAGGGCUAUGAAUCAUGUAAUUGAUAAGGGUUGGGCAUUUUAUUGGGGAACCAGUGAAUGGUCUGCACAACAGAUUACUGAGGCAUGGGGAAUUGCAGAGAGAUUAGAUUUGGUUGGGCCAAUUGUGGAGCAGCCUGAGUAUAAUAUGCUGUCUAGACACAAGGUUGAAUCAGAGUACCUUCCUCUGUACACCAACUAUGGCUUAGGUCUAACCACUUGGAGUCCACUAGCUUCUGGAGUGCUGACUGGAAAGUACAACAAGGGAAGCAUACCACCUGAUAGCCGAUUUGCAUUGGAAAAUUACAAAAAUCUUGCUAGCCGGUCACUGGUUGGUGAUGUGCUGAAGAAAGUUAAUGGACUCAAGCCAAUUGCAGAUGAACUUGGCAUACCCUUAGCUCAACUUGCAAUUGCAUGGUGUGCUGCAAACCCUAAUGUGUCAUCAGUUAUCACUGGAGCUACAAAGGAGUCUCAGAUUCAAGAGAACAUGAAGGCAGUCGAUGUCAUCCCACUGUUGACUCCUGCUGUGAUGGAGAAGAUUGAGAACAUCAUUCAAAACCAGCCAAAACGCCCAGAUUCAUAUAGGUAGAUGCAGUACUCAAUUCAUUUUUCAUUGUGUUACCGGGGAUUUGUGGGAUUGCCAUCCUGGUAACAUCCUUCUUGAGAAGAUUAUGCCAUCAUUUUGUGACUUGUGUUGCAGUGAUGUAAGUUUCAUUUUCGUCAUUAGUUUGAACGCUGAAAUUCCCGUGUAUGCAAUUGAGUGUCCCUCUUUUUCUUGCAAAGAAAAAAAAAAUGAAGUGAGAUAAAGAAUUGUAAUAAUUGAACUUGCUGCCAAUGAUGGAGGUUGUGUUAAUGAACAUCAUUUGUUCAU